CCACAAAACCCCUCGACCCGGUUCGGUUCGGGCGAGGCACCCCCGCCCGCGGUCCGCUCCCCCGCCGCCGCCUCUGCUUUCCUUGCGCUGGUUUUUAGUCGCUGCGCCUCCGCGCGCAGGCCCGGCUCGAGGGAUUCGUCACCGACGGCGGCUACGCCUGCGCCUGCCCCGCCUCCUCCUCCUGCGGCUACCGCGGCAAGGUGCUGUCGGCGCUGCAAUUCGAGAAGCACGCGGGGGCGGAGUCGAAGAAUCAGAACGGCCACAUCUUCCUCGGCAACGGCAAGUCGCUCUACGCCCUCUUCCAGGAGCUCAGGGACGUGCCCGCCGAAGCGUUCGCGGAGAAGUUCGAGGCGGCCGCAGGGGUGCCCAUGACCAUGGCCGCCGCCGAAGCGUCGCCUGCGCCGCAGGGGCCGCGUCAGGGGCACCAGCCGGGAGCGCCCGCUAGCUGGGAACCGAACGGGGUUCAGGUUGACGGCGCGACGGCGGAGCCCCCUUCGUCGCCGGCGCCCGCGCGUGGCAACGUGGAUAUGUUGACCGAGGAGGAGAAGGCCAGCUUGUGUCUGCUUGGUUUGAGCAGAGAAAGUUGUUCCACGAUUCAGUCGGACCUUAUGGACGGCGUUGAAGGGCCUGCUACAGAACAGAUCGAAGAUGCAGCAGGUGGUGACUGCGCCAUGCCUGAUGUUAAAGAGAGAAGGAAAGGAGCUGGUGAGCGACGAUCUAGGUAUGGUAGUUUGUCAACAAUAGUUCCUGUUGAAGUGCGAAUGGCGGAAACAAAGUAUAGUUUGUCAACAAUAACUCCUGUUAAAGUGCGAAUUACGGAAACAAAGUAUCAGCUAGACAGUUACCUUAAAGACGUUAGAGGAUUGCUGUCCACUGGGCUUCUUGAAGGUUUCAAGGUGACCUACAAGAAGGAUGAGGUGGAGAAGAUUGGACGGAUAAGGGGGCAGGGGUAUUCUUGUGGCUGCUCAGAGUGCAAUUACAGUAGAAAUGUUAUGAAUGCAUGUGAGUUUGAACAGCAUUCUGGUCAGUCAUCCAACAACCAGAAUGAUCACAUCUUCUUGGAAACCGGGAUUUCUCUAUUCAGGGUGGUGAAAGCUCUCAAACAUUAUAGGCUUAACAUGCUUGGCGAAUUCAUUGAAGAAACUAUUGGCUUCCCUCCUAAUAUGAAUGAGUAUAACAAGUGGAAAGCUUCAUUUCAAAAGAGGAAAGAUUAUUCAGAUGAUGUAGCUUCGGAUGGUUGUUCAACUCAGGGUUCACGGGAGUUGGCUGUGGGGGAGAUGAUUUAUAGUUUGACGCACUUAAAAGAAUCUGCCAGCAGUAGCAUCUUAAACCUUAAUUGGAGUGCAUCCAAAAGGCGGUCUGAGAGACAGUUUAAACGUGGAGGCUCUGAGACUUCAACUCCAUCCCUGAGUAGAAGCCAAGACAAAGGAGUUUCUGGCCUCUCUACUGGUACCUCAAAGAAGAAUGGCACUGAAGAUACUCAUAGUGAGAACACAGUAGGUCCUUUCAGCAUCGACGAUGUAAAACCCGAUUCUCCAGAACCUACUGUAAUAAUACCCGAUUGCUCAAAUCAUGAUCCCACAGACUUAGGGCUUCCUUUAUCAAGUCCAGUAACAAUCGCUCAAGAGCCACUUCCAAACUCCAACAUAGACUCAAAGUCAAAAGAAUCAAAAACGAGGGAUACCACUUUGCAUCCACUGAUUUUCAAGGAGGGUGGCCUUCCAGAUAAUACUUUAUUGACUUACAAGUUGAAGAACGGAGAGGCUCUAAAGCAAGGGUAUAAGCGGGGGACAGGAAUAGUCUGUAAUUGUUGCAAUCAAGAGUUUACUCCUUCGCACUUUGAAGAACAUGCUGGCAUGGGGAGAAGACGGCAACCGUAUCGCAACAUUUAUACAUCAGAAGGGGUAACACUUCAUAAGCUAGCGCUGCAAUUGCAAGAUCGUUUGAAUUCAAAUGGAUUUGGCACUGCUAAUGUUUCUAGCUUUAGUGACUACCCUAACCUUACUUCUUCAGGUUGUGGCAGAGAACCUACUACCACCAGUAGACCUAUCAUUCCCCUGAAACGGACUUUACAAGAAAGAGUGGUCGAAACAGAGAGGUGCUCUUUCUGUGGGGAUGGCCACACGACGCUUGGAAAUAUCGAUCCAGAUACAAUAGUCUUUUGUAACCAGUGUGAGAGACCAUGCCAUAUUAAAUGCUACAACACUGGACUUGAAAAAAAGAAGGUGCCCCUAGAAAUUUUGAAAGAAUAUAUGCAAUUUUGCUUCCUGUGCUGCGAAAUAUGUCGAUUGCUUCGUGCCCGUCUAGAUGAAGGGCUGGAAAAGUGUGAAGAGAUUGCCUUUCUCAGACGGAUAAGAUCAAAUAUUUGUUGGCGGCUUUUAAGUGGAAUGAAUGCAUGUAGUGAUUUGCAGCUCUACAUGCCUCAGGUCAUUGAUAUCCUCAAAGAUGCAUUUGCGGAAACUGCUGAGCACAGUGGUGUCUUCUCGGAUAUGGUUUAUGCCAAGAAUGUAGAAGGAGAGAAGGAUUUUCGAGGAAUGUAUUGUGCAGUGUUAACUGCAAGUACGCAUGUUGUGUCUGCUGCAGUUCUGAAAGUGCGCAUGGAACGAGUUGCAGAGUUGGUCCUUGUUGCUACUCGUAGUGAGUGCCGGAAGAAGGGCUACUUUGUACUUCUCCUAAAGUCUAUCGAGGCACAUUUGAGAGCCUGGAACGUAAACCUUCUUACAGCGCCUGUUGACCCUGAAAUGGCGCCAAUAUGGUCUGAGAAGCUCGGAUUCACCAUUUUAUCAGAUGAAGAGAAGAACUCAAUGCUGGAGUUGCACCCCUUGGUGAUGUUUGAGAACCUAACCUUGGUUCAAAAAUCACUUGCUUGAGCAAAUCUAAUCUGCGCUUGUUUAUACACUACAUUAAAAGAUAUCUGGUUCAUGCUGUAUGGGAGACAUUUGUAGAUGAUUUACCUGUGGCACAAUUUUCUGUAGCUUAGUCUAGGAUAUGAUUUCAGAGCACAACCUUUCUAGGAAGUAGAGAUGUAAAUUUUCUUUGUGCUUUUCCCCAAGUUAUAUUGGACCUAGAUGUGUACUCAA